AUGAGAGAAGUCAUCAGUUUGAACGUCGGCCAGGCUGGUUGCCAGAUUGCCAACUCUUGCUGGGAGCUGUACUGCCUUGAGCACGGUAUCCAGCCCGAUGGUUACUUGACCGAGGAGCGCAAGAAGGCCGACCCCGACCACGGUUUCAGCACUUUCUUCUCUGAGACUGGCCAGGGCAAAUAUGUUCCCCGUACCAUCUACUGCGAUCUCGAGCCCAAUGUGGUCGACGAGGUCCGCACCGGCACCUACCGUAGCCUUUUCCACCCUGAGAACAUGAUCACCGGCAAGGAGGACGCCUCGAACAACUAUGCUCGUGGUCACUACACCGUUGGAAAGGAGAUGAUCGACCAGGUCCUCGACAAGGUCCGCCGGGUCGCUGACAACUGCGCUGGUCUCCAGGGUUUCCUGGUCUUCCACUCCUUCGGUGGUGGUACCGGCUCUGGUUUCGGUGCUCUGCUGAUGGAGCGUCUCUCUGUGGAUUAUGGCAAGAAGUCGAAGCUGGAAUUCUGCGUCUACCCUGCUCCCCAGAACGCCACCUCCGUCGUUGAGCCCUACAACUCCAUCCUCACCACCCACACCACCCUGGAGCACUCCGACUGCAGCUUCAUGGUCGACAACGAGGCCAUCUACGACAUCUGCCGCCGUAACCUCGGCAUUGAGCGCCCCAGCUACGAGAACCUGAACCGCCUGAUCGCUCAGGUCGUCUCUUCCAUCACCGCCUCUCUGCGUUUCGAUGGCUCUCUCAACGUUGAUCUGAACGAGUUCCAGACCAACCUGGUGCCCUACCCCCGUAUCCACUUCCCUCUGGUCGCCUACGCUCCCGUCGUUUCCGCUGCCAAGGCUUCCCACGAGGCCAACUCCGUCAACGAGAUCACCACCGCCUGCUUCGAGCCCAACAACCAGAUGGUCAAGUGUGAUCCCCGUAACGGCAAGUACAUGGCUACCUGUCUGCUCUACCGUGGUGAUGUCGUCCCCAAGGAGUCCCACGCCGCUGUUGCCACCCUCAAGACCAAGCGCACCAUCCAGUUCGUCGACUGGUGCCCUACUGGCUUCAAGAUCGGUAUCUGCUACCAGCCUCCCCAGCAGGUUCCCAACGGUGACCUUGCUAAGCUCGACCGUGCUGUCUGCAUGCUGUCCAACACCACUGCCAUUGCCGAGGCCUGGUCUGCUCUUGACCACAAGUUCGACCUCAUGUACUCCAAGCGUGCCUUCGUUCACUGGUACGUUGGUGAGGGUAUGGAGGAAGGUGAAUUCUCCGAGGCCCGUGAGGACUUGGCUGCCCUCGAGCGCGACUACGAGGAGGUCGCCAGCGACUCGCUCGAGGAGGAGGUUGAGGCUGAGUACUAG